AUGUUGAGGUCUCCAAGUGGCUACAGCUCGUCAAGCGCAGAUCACAUCGAAGGUGCCGUGAACAACUGCCUGAGGGGACUGGACAGAUCCCGAUGCCUUGUGGUCACUUCAGGUGCUCGUUGGACAGGUCGACAGCCAAGCUUCCCUGGUGCUAAGGUUCUUCAGAUUGACUGCAGGCAUUUCCAUGAUCCUGACAGCGACAGAUCGAUCCGAGGUUGCACUGGACGACAUCCUAGCAUUAUCCGAGGAGUUGCACUUCAUGAAGCAAUGAAUGACCUCGUUGAGCAGGUGACAGAUUUCUUGAGGGCUAACCCGAAUGGGAAGCUCGUGAUCCACUUGUACUGCACCAGUGGUCGUCAUCGCAGUGUUGGAUUGGCAGCUUUGAUCUACUACUUCUUGGACGUGACUGAUUGGAGGAAGCCUUUGCUGAUCCAUUAUCACAGCCCGGAGUGGCGUGAGAUGACUUGUGGAGGUCAUUGCAGUCUUUGUGCAACAGCCGACACCAGAGAGCUUGGAAACUUGAUGAACAGGCAUCUUCCUGACGUGCGUGUUGUGGAUGUGGAUGAACCUGAUAGGGCCUACUACAACGGCGACGAGAUCUAUCCCCACGUUGACACCAUCCAGGACUAUGCCAGUUCCAGUCCGUGUAUGUUCCAGCAUAUCCACCUCCAAGCCGUAGUGCUGGAGACUCAUCUCGUGGAGGAGCACAUCACGAAGGAGACGAACGAGGCCGUGAUUAUGGAGGACAAGACCGACCAGAAGAAGAUCCUCUUCGAGCGGCAGGCGUGGUCGGCGAUCUCGAAGCAGCCACCGAUUCGACGCCCAUGUGAUGAGUCUCAGCGUCAGCGACUUGAGAGGGAACCCCGCGACAUCUUGAACGACAACAGCGGAGACCCAUAUUGCUGGAAUGUCGAUGAAGACAUCCUUUCUUGGAUCAUCUCUUCUGCAAAACUGUGGGGAAACAGAGAUCGGGUGAUCUGGAUUACAGACCCCAGCCUUCCUCAUGAGGAGCAGCAGCAGCAAGGCAUCAGGGUGGACAUCAAGCUCAGAUCCCACGUGAGGAGCACUUUGAUUUCAGGUGGCAAAUGGAUGAAUCGACAGGGUUGGGUGAAAUCGUCAUUCUAUCGACCACGUGAUUCCGCAGGAACAUUGUGGAACAGACUUCAACGGGAAGAAGCUGUUGGAGAGAACGUCGAUCUCCCGACUACUUGGGCCGAUUUGGUGAUCUUCUCACAUCGAGACGUGCGCCCGCGAGCAUAUACGGGGCGCGUGGUUUUGUUGUCAGGUGAUCAGGGUUUUGAGGGCAGUAUCGCACCAAAAACGGAGCCCCAAAACGCACCAAAAACGGAGCCCCAAAACGCACCAAAAACGGAGCCCCAAAAGAGCCAGAAAUAUGUCCCCAAAACAAAAGUCCAUUUGCAGAGUCGAAAGAAUCCUCCAACUCCACCACAGCCAAGUCGGUUUAUGAUUUGUACAGAUGAUGACAUGUUCAAGGGAAACCCCAAGAUUCAGACCCCGAAAGAUGAGUCAACCGACUAUAGCACAAGUUCAUCCGAUGAGAGCCCUGUUGCCAAACCUGUGAAAAGCAAAUCCUCCAAUGGAAAGCCUUGUCAUGAGAAAACCCCCAAGGAUGAAGUGAUCAUCAAAACCGAACCCGGUGAUGUACUGCCAGUUGGACUCAUGGCCAGAGAUCCAGAUGGUCCCAACAUGCAUGAAGUUGUUCUGGACUCUGACACCGAUGUUGAAGUGCAUGAACAUGGUCCAAUUGCCAUCCAACCCAAUGAGAGAGUCACCAUGGGUAGGAAACACCGUAAAGCAGUGUUGGACGGUAUUGCCAAUUUGAACAAGAACGGCAUGAUGAUCCAGAGUGGACUUGGUUUGAUUUCCAAUCCCAAUCGAGAUAGCAAGACAGUUGUUUUCACUUCCCAUCCGUUCGUGUUCGUCCAGGAGUCUGGCCAGCCUUCGGUCGACGUGAUCGACGUUGGUGUGGGGGCCAGUCAUCUUGACCCUGAAUUUGACCCCAAAGAUUUUUGUAAUCUGUUGGAGGGGUAUCAAAACAUUGUCAUUGCCAUUGGAUACAACAACCCAAAUGAUCCAUUGGGACAUGGUCGUUUUCUGGCAGAAGUGGAGUUGAUGUGCGACUUGGACAAUUGCAAGUUUCUGCACAUAGAUGUUGCCAUGACUGAUCGAUGGGAGAAACAUCAACACCCCCAAACACCAUAUAUCAAUGACCAUGGUUUGGCAUUCACAUGCAAUGACGAACAGUGGACCCAUGAGUUUGAAUCUUGGUUUCGUGGACAGACGAUGGACGAUGUCUUGUCUUGGAAGUUUGCAGAUUGGAUUGGGAGUUGGGCCAAGGAAGAUGAUUUGAACCAUCAAAUGGGGAUAGCGUUUGUGGGGGACAUGCAUGAAGAAGCACAUGAAGAGCAUCAACGACUUGACGCCCUCUGGGACUCCGAUGACAGAGCCCAGGUGAACCCUGUUGAGGAACUGAUUUCUGAGGAAACCCUCAUUGACGAAGUCGAGAUUCCAGGACUUCCACAAGAUGAGGUGGAGAGACGCAGGCAGUGGAGAAAGCUUCCAGCCAGAGUGAGGAUCGCUGUCAGGCGACUUCACCGUCAGUUUGGUCAUGUGCCGAGGCAGACCAUGAUCCACUUGCUUCGUGCUGCCAGGGUUCGAACAGAGUUCAUUGAUGCAGUAAAACUUCAUAGGUGCACAGCAUGUGAAGAAACAUCCCGAAAGAAACCCACACACAAAACUGCAUUGCCCCACAACUACUCUUUCAACCAUAGCUUGGGAAUUGAUGUUUUUGAGAUCAUUGAUGCAGGUGGUUCCAAGUUUCAAGUUUUGAACAUGGUAGAUCUUGGGACGACAUUUCAACUGUGCGAGGUUGUCAGAACAGGCCAGGGACAGCCAUCAUCCAGUGAAUGUCUGAAGGCCCUGCAGAAACGUUGGUUUUCAUGGAGUGGACACCCAGUGAACUUGAUGUGUGACCGAGGGUUGCAUAACCGUGGUGUACUGUCAAAGUACAUGGACGAUCAUGGCAUUCAGGUUUAUCACAGCCCACUUGAGGCACCUGAAAACCUUGGCCGUGUAGAGCGCCACGGGGCCAUUGCCAAAGCUCUUUUCCGAAAGGUCUCAAAAGAAACUCAACCUCUUGGCAGAGAACAGGUUGAGUCAGUUCUGCAAGAGGUGCUCAUGGUGAAGAAUAAUGCAUCACGUGUAGGAGGUUUUUCACCAUCACAGUGGGUGUUGGGUAAGGCACCACGCUCAGACCCCAGUCCAUUGUCCGAAGAGCGAUUUGCAGAGCUCGGAGCCUUGGAGGCCCAGCACAACCCCGAAAGCAUUUUUGCUUUGCAGCAUCUUGCUAGGCAGGAAGCACAGAAAGCAUUUGUAUACCUCGAUUGCUCCAAGCGUGUCCAGCGAGCCAUGACCAAAAACACAUCACCUUUUCCGAGAGACUUCGAAAUCGGGGACUUGGUGACUUUUCGCAGGGAUAACCAGCGGGGAGGCACACGAUGGAGUCCCACAAGUAGGGUGAUAGGCCACGAGGGAGAGAGAAACCUAUGGUUGCUUUGUGGAAAUGUCCCGGUACUAGUGGCCAGUCAGAAUGUGAAGGUAGCUACUCCAAGUGAAGCAUUGGCGCAUUCGGUUCUCCAUGGGCAGCCUGUCAUUCCUGAUGAGGUCGUGAUCGGAGGUGAACAGCAAUCCUUUUUGGAUGCUCGAAUUUCCCCAGAUUCCCAAAGUGACGGAUAUGAGCCAUCCGUACUUGAGGCACCUGAACCAAUUGCCUCAGGCGAGGGAGCUGAACUACCAUUCAUAAAUUGGGGAGAUAAUAAUGAGGAUUUACCACCAAUACCCGAAGAUGAAGAAUUGGAUAAUGCAGGGGUAACUGUACCGGAAAUCACCAUUGAUGGUGAAGACAUGUCAGAUGAAGUAAAUGGUACAGAUGAAUUGAUUGAAGCUGCCAGUUCCAGUCUGGACAGACGGAGAUCAAGUGUUGCCCCUCGUGCCGACAGAAACGUGAGACCCCGUCUUGAAACCCAACCUGAGAGUGAAAGAGGGUCAUCGCUUAUGCCUUCCAGGCGCGAAUCUGUUGACUCAGCAGACAGACCUUCUGCUGAAGCACCACAGCCAACACCAUCACAAGCCGCAGGGCCACAAUCAUGGCCCAAUCCGUAUGACAGUCUUAUGACCUUCCAGCAUCCCUGA